UUCCCGGAACAGUGGCAACUGAAUGCGCGGGUCGAUACCGCGCGUGCGCGGCGGCGGCGGCGGCGGCAGUGUCGGCGCGACGCCGGCCCGACCCGACGGCCCCGCCCGCGCCCAGCGCCCAUGUCGCUGUUUUUCAAGUUCAGGAGCAACAGGACGGGAGCCGGCGCGGGAGCUGCGCCGUGCGGCAUGGAGGCCGGCGUCGCGGCCGCGCCCGCCCGCCGCGCGCCGCCGCCCGAGCGCUCCCCGGCUCGCACCGGCCUGCACGUCAACUUCAGCGACAAGGGCGAGGUGAAGGAGCGACGUGAGAAGUUCCUGACGGCCAAAUAUGGCUCCCACCAGAUGGCCCUGAUCCGCAAGCGGCUCGCCGUCGAGAUGUGGCUCUACGACGAGUUGCAGAAGCUCUACGAUGUGCCGAAGGAGACGGCAGCGGCGGCGGGCGCCGCGGAGGUGGAGGUGGACGUCGACGAGCUCCUUGACAUGGACUCGGACGAGCUGCGGCGCGCGCACCUCGCGACGCUAUUAGCAGAUGCCAAAAAGCCCCAAAAAGAUGUACAUAAUUUCAUCAACGAAUUGCUAGAUAAAGCGAAAACUCUGUAGGCUAAGAGAACGGAACCAAAUCUCAUCUCGCUCUUGCCGCGGCCGCUGCAGGUGGGAGUGGACGCGGCAGCGAUAGCGGAGGCCCCGUGACGUACCGUAUAGUUAGUAGUUAAGCAUUUUACUGCCGGCCCGGUGUGCCGGACGCUAGUGCAAGCAGGGUACCGCCGGUUACAUCGGUCUCGGUGUCCGGCUCACGCCGUAAACACCAACAUUACUUUGACGCUGUAGACAAUGCUACAGUGCCGCUCGUAAAUAUAGAAUUCUAAAAUAUUCUGAGCCAUUCAGAAAUACGUAUUACAUUUUUAACAUAAGGAUGUGUACGCACGAGCUGAAAAGGGAUGUGGUAAAGUACAGACCGUCCACCUUAUUUAACGAGGGCGUACCUACCUACAUAUCUGAAAAGCAGUCAUGCAUUGCUGAUGUCAGACUUUCUCGAUCGUGUAAAGGUGGAUUUGUGACGUUGUAUGUAAAUGGGGUUGGUAACUGUCAAAGGUUUGCAUAGAUAGCGCCAUCAUAAGUUGGCCCUUUUUCUAUGAGAUUUGGCUCAAAGGGCUGGCGAAAAUUUGACACAGUUCUAGGGCAAGCUAUGCUGGCGCUAUCUGCUAAAUACUUCGACCGGCCAAUCCCAUUGAUGUACCAUUGGCAAAAUUAUGUUUCGUAACACCGUAAUUAUGAUUGGCUAAAAUAUAUGUACGCCCCCGAAAACAAUCAAUCGUUAAAUGUUAAAAUGCUUUAGGUGUUCGAUGGUUUUUGUCAUGUGAACAGUUAGUCAGUUAAUACGCGCGUUUUCCCGAAGUAGGUAUUUACCUUUCGGACUGUUAUGUGAAGACCGAUGUAACUUGCAGUGGCUGUACUGUACAGUAUUGAAUGGCGAGCGCCCUAGCUUGGUGGAGCUGGAGGGUGCUCGAGUGCGACAUAUCAGCGCCCCGCCCCGCCCCGCCCUCUCCUCUCCCCUACAAUACAAUCGUGUAUGAUAUUCAAUCUAGAUGUCGCUGUCUAGAUCCGCAAAUGAUUCUUAUCUCAAUCGGUUAUUUUGGGAAAUACACAACUAAAACUUUAAAAAAUAGGGUGUUUAGUAGUUCUUAUGCUGCCGUCUACCGUUCUGGGGUUCUGACAGGAUGGCAAGACUACAUCGGAAGCAUCGUCAGAUAAUUUAACCAAAUUGGCCAAUUAAGAUAAUACUUAAAUAGGUAAUACUCAUAAGAUAGUCUGAAUACGAAGGGUCGACUAUACGUAAAUACCGUAUAGUUAGCAUUUGACUGUCAGUUGUGUAACGAACUUGUCCCCUGUGAACCCGUAGCUAAUUUAAAUAGUUUGGUCAGCAUGAUUUCAACCAAUAUUUUGCUACAUUUUCAAAGGGCAAUGGCAAGAUUUUAAUACUUCUUGGCGAGCAAUAUUAUUGUUUAAUCUCCAUAAUCUUUAUCAAAGCAUAUCUCGAAAUCUACUUUAAACAAUCCAACGUCUUGGAUGUUUUAUUUGUAAUAUGUGAUAAAGUAUUAAAAUGGUUAAAUCCGAGUUUUUCGAAGGAAACCAUAAUGGCUAUUAUUACUUUUUCUAUGGGGCUAUUCAUAAAUUACGUCAUUUCAAUUUAGGGGGGCCGGUCUGGGCAUCGGAUGACGGUAGCAUGAAGUAGGAGGAAAUGAGGUCAUUUGAAGCAUGAUUUUUGGAUGAUUAUAGGGGGGGGGGGUCAAAAAUCGAUGACGUAAUUUAUGGACAGCCCCUAUGUAUUUUACGCUGCAAUUUUAAAUAUUAGGUACUAUUCGCUGCUGGCUAAACUACCAAUCUUACUAGAUUGGGCGGUUUUUAAAAUAACAUAGCAAUCACAGGGUGCUUAGCCAACGUGCCAAUCGCUAACGCUCCGUAACAUUGCGUAGUCAUCUCUCGAUCUCUAUCACUCUUCCAUUUUAGUGCGACAGUGACAGGGUUGCCAGAUGGUCGGGAUUUGCCCGAUUUUUAGCAUGUGUUCCCGAUUCUCGACAAAGUGAAAACUGUCCCGAAAAACAGCUUCACGUUAUAAAACAAUAAUUUGAAGUUCCGAACUGUCGUCGAGCGAGCGAGAGAUCCGCGUCGAGCCGCUCGCCACCGCGAAUUUUUCUUGUUUGUUCGAGAUCUCAAAGAAUUUAUAGUAUUUUUAUAUAAAAACGUCUAUGGGCAGAGCAGCUGACGUAGUGUCAAUAAUGUAAAAUAUCGUUGGUUUUAACACAAUUACUUUAAUGUGAAUAUUUUUAUUUUCCCGACUUAAGUCCUAAAAUCCCGAAAAUUUGAUAUUUUUUCCCGAUAAUAGCGCCUUUCGAUCUGGCAACCCUAUUGGCACGUAGGCUACGACCCACCAGCGAGAGCCGCCAACCAGCCGGCGUAGCCAAGGUUACAAUCGCUAUCGCUUCGACAACGAAAAGUAUAAUGUCUCUCUAUCACUCAUCUAUAUUAGUGCGACAGUGACAGUUGCGUUUCGAUCGCUACGGAGCGUAAGCGAUCUGCAUCUUGGCUACGCGGCCUGGUCCUCGACUGCAGCAGGAACCCUUAAAGCUAAGUUUUGGCCCGCACACUUUAUCUAAAACAAUAUGGCCCUCGUGUCUAAAAGUUUGGAGAUCCCUUAACUAAAAGUAAUAGUUUUAUGGCGGGGUUGGUGCCUCGUGUAAUGACCUCUAGUGCUGUAGUGGCGAGCCGAGUUCUUGCUAUUGUGUCCUCGUAUUGUUAAUAUUUUGUAAAGGGUGACGCGCGUCACGGCCGGACCCCCCGACAACCGGGGGCCAAAACUAGACGGGUGAGGCGGUUUCAUAACCAUCUUUGCGUCGACUUUAUUAACCUCAUAAUCCAGGGCCUUACAGCGUUAUCUACAUCAGCUGUCAUAUUCGAGGCACGAAUUAUUCUUCGAGUUUAAACCUCUUCAACAAUUAGUUACGUUUUGGCACGUUGUUAAAAAAGCAAAUGCAUGUAAGGAUAAUUUUAAACACCUCGCCCGUUUAGCUACUUCUGCUGUUGACUGUACAAGUACACUGUUUCGAGUAACUAGCAUUUUUGCGCCCUGUACCUAGACGCCUGCCUUGUAGAACCACCCCAGACUAGCGUCCUUUGAGCGUCGACGUCUAUUCAGCAGCGCUAUGGAAAGUUGCGCCAACGCCAACGUUGUGUCGAGCAGCAGCCAUAGAGUUGACUAUAAAUUAAUUUAUAGACGCCGUAGCUCUAGAUGAGAUGUCACGUGUGGGAUGGUGCAGUGAGGCGAGGGGGCGGCAGCAGCACAGCCCCGCCCGG